AGGGGGCUCGCUGCCCUCCGUGUGCCUCCGACUCACAGCGGCCGCGUGUGCCACUCCCUGGUUCUUCCGCUACCCCGCGCCGGCUCUACGCAUCGAAGCCUUUACACUGAGCCCGCCUGGCGCUAACUAAUGUUUAACUCGGGCCGAAACUUGGCGGCGAGCGCAGGGUGACUGCGUACAGAGCAGCAGCGCAGGACGUCCGUCUCCGCGCGCGGUAAUUUGUGCUUGCCCUCAAGCCUCAGAGCUCAGUUCAGAGGAGCUGCCCGACCAUGAAGACACCCUGGAAGGUUGUCCUGGGACUGCUUGGUGUAGCUGCGCUUGUCACCGUCAUCACUGUGCCACUGGUUCUGCUGAACAAAGAUGAUGCAGCAGCUGAUAGCCGCAGAACUUAUUCGCUAGCUGAUUAUUUAAAGAAUACUUUUCGAGUCAAGUCCUACACCUUGCGAUGGGUGUCAGAUUAUGAAUACCUCUACAAACAAGAAAACAAUCUCUUGCUAUUCAAUGCUGAACACGGAAACAGCUCCAUUUUCUUGGAGAACAGCACCUUUGAAGCCUUUGGAGAGUCUAUAAGUGAUUAUUCAGUGUCACCCGAUGGACGGUUCGUUCUCUUAGAAUACAACUAUGUGAAGCAAUGGAGGCACUCCUACACAGCUUCGUACAGUGUUUAUGACUUGAACACAAGAAAGCUGAUCACAGAGGAGAAGAUUCCAAAUAAUACACAGUGGAUCACAUGGUCACAAGAAGGUCAUAAAUUGGCAUAUGUUUGGAAGAAUGAUAUUUACGUUAAAAUUGAACCAAAUUCACCUAGUCAGAGGAUAACAUGGACAGGAGAAGAUGGUGAAAUAUGUAAUGGGAUCGCUGACUGGGUUUAUGAAGAGGAAAUCUUCGGUGCCUUCUCAGCACUGUGGUGGUCUCCAAACAGCACUUUUUUAGCAUAUGCCCAGUUUAAUGACACCGAAGUCCCACACAUUGAAUACUCUUUCUACUCCGAUGAGUCACUGCAGUACCCUAGGACAGUGUGGAUUCCAUAUCCAAAGGCAGGAGCUGUGAAUCCAACUGUAAAGUUCUUUAUUGUAAAUACAGACUCCCUCAGCUCAACCACUAGCGCAGUUCCCAUCCAAGUCACUGCUCCUGAAUCCGUGGCAACAGGGGAUCACUAUUUGUGUGAUGUGGUGUGGGUUACAGAAGAAAGAAUUUCUUUGCAGUGGCUCAGGAGGAUUCAGAACUAUUCCGUGAUGGCUAUCUGUGACUAUGAUAAGACCAACCAAGCAUGGAACUGUCCCUUGGCACAGCAUCAUGUUGAAAUGAGCACUACAGGCUGGGUCGGAAGAUUUAGGCCUGCAGAGCCCCACUUCACUUCUGACGGUGGCAGUUUCUAUAAGAUCAUCAGCGACAAAGAUGGCUACAGACAUAUCUGCCACUUCCCUAAAGAUAAGAAUCCCAAUCAGGACUGUACAUUUAUUACAAAAGGAGCCUGGGAAGUCAUUGGGAUCGAAGCUCUGACCAGCGAUUAUCUAUACUACAUUAGUAAUGAACAUAAAGACAUGCCUGGAGGAAGAAAUCUGUAUCAAAUUCAACUUACUGACCACACCAAUGUGAAGUGCCUUAGUUGUGACCUGGAUGUAGAAAGAUGUCAGUAUUAUUCGGUGUCGUUUAGCAAAGAGGCAAAAUUCUAUCAGCUGAGAUGUUCGGGCCCUGGUCUGCCCCGCUAUACUCUGCAUCGCAGCGCUGAUCAUAAAGAGCUACGAGUCCUGGAAGACAAUUCUGCUUUGGAUAAAAUGUUGCAGGAUGUCCAAAUGCCUUCAAAAAAACUGGACUUCAUUGUUUUGAAUGGAACAAGAUUUUGGUAUCAAAUGAUCUUGCCUCCCCACUUUGAUAAAACCAAGAAAUAUCCUUUACUCUUAGAAGUAUAUGCAGGUCCCUGUAGUCAAAAAGCAGAUGCCGCCUUCAGACUCAACUGGGCCACUUACCUUGCAAGUACAGAAAACAUCAUAGUAGCUAGCUUUGAUGGCAGAGGAAGUGGUUACCAAGGAGAUAAGAUCAUGCACGCAAUCAACAGAAGACUGGGAACACUAGAAGUUGAAGAUCAAAUUGAAGCAGCCAGACAAUUUUUAAAAAUGGGAUUUGUGGACAGCAAACGAGUUGCAAUUUGGGGCUGGUCAUAUGGAGGGUAUGUAACCUCAAUGGUCCUGGGAUCGGGAAGUGGCGUGUUCAAGUGCGGAAUAGCUGUGGCACCUGUGUCACGGUGGGAGUAUUAUGACUCCGUGUAUACAGAGCGCUACAUGGGUCUGCCAACUCCAGAAGACAACCUUGCCCAUUACAGGAAUUCAACAGUCAUGAGCAGAGCUGAAAAUUUUAAACAAGUUGAGUACCUCCUUAUUCAUGGAACAGCAGAUGAUAAUGUUCACUUCCAGCAGUCAGCUCAGAUCUCCAAAGCCCUGGUGGAUGCUGGCGUGGAUUUCCAAGCAAUGUGGUAUACGGAUGAAGACCAUGGGAUAGCUAGCAGCAUGGCCCACCAGCAUAUCUAUACCCACAUGAGCCAUUUCCUCCAACAGUGCUUCUCUGUACAGUAGCACAGCAAGGCUCCCGUAGCUUAUUUAAAAACACAUUUGUUCUCAUUAUCUCAAAACUGCACUGUCAAGAUGACGAUCUUAAUAAUGCUCUCAUCGAGAAAUUCCAGGCUACUUUCCAGUUUCAUACCUGCAGUCCCAAGUAAGAAUGUCUGUCUUCACAACAGAUUAUUACCUUACAGCAAUUUGGAUUUUUCACUCUGUUUUGUUUAUCAUUUAAAAUUAUUUCCACAUCAGCUGCUGAAACAACAAAUAUAAAUUAUUUUUACAAGAGUUCUGCAUAGAUUUCCUGAGAAGAAUUUCUUUUUUUUUUUUUCUCUUUUCUUACUAGACUGGUCCAAAUCUUGUUCCCUUAUUUAAGGGGAUGACAAGAUGUGGGCAAUGAUGUCAUUAGGGCAGCAAUGAGAGAAGCGGGGACAGGGAGAGGAGAUCACAGAGUAUGGCUAGAAACCCAGGUCCAAGCACACCAACCCAAUCAGGCUACUGUCAUCUCGCCUUGAGAAGUGCUGUUCACUGCCAGACUGGCACAGUUUUCUGAGAAAGACUAUUCAAACAGUCUCAGGAAAUCAUAUAUGCAAAGCACUGACUUCUCAGUAAAACCACAGCAGUUGAAUAGACUCCAAAGAAAUGCAAGGGAAACUGCCAGCAAUGUAAGGGCCCCAGGUGCCAGUUAUGGCUAUAGGUGCUACACAAACACAGGAAGGGUGAUGGGAAAGCAUUGCAAAUGUGCUUUUAAAAAAUCACCGAUGUUUCCUAGUGAAAAGAGGCAGCUUGGAACAUAUCGACUUGCCCUGUUAAAAGUUGAAAAUAUUUGUGUCACAAAUUCUAACAUGAAGGAAUACUUGCAUCAGUUCUUACUUCAUUUCCUUGAGUAUGUUAAUUAAAAUCUUUUAACCUCAUUGGCUUUUUAAUGGAAUAUGAACGAGAAUGUUGUGUGUUAUUAUUUCUAUUCUACACACUGGAAUUUUGCCUGGUCAUUUAGUAAAUAUGCUUCCAUUUUUCAGAGGUAAUGGGUUACAUCUUGAAUCAAACUUAAACCGCAUUGACAUAUGGACACAUUUGUUCAAAGGUUCUUGUUUAACUUGUU